UUUUUUUUUUUUGGGCCUCAUUUUUGAUAGCGCCUGGGGUGAGCUGCUCCCCUCUCCCCAGCCGUGGUAUGCCACCGCUCGUGUAUAAGAGUUCUCUGGAUCUUUACUCUUCUCCCCAUUUUGGGAGGAGUAGAGGCACAGAGAGGGCAAAUAACUUGCUCAAGGUCACACGGCUUGCAAGAGGAGGGGCUGGAAUUGAAUCCAGAGAGCCGUAACCAUGACAUUCGCUCUGUGCUAGAUGACACGACAAAGCCCCGGCCUGUUGUUGCCAUGAGCCCUGCUACCUGGGGUUGACUCUGGCUCACCCCGGGGGCAGCUCUGACUUAGCGUUGCUGCCUUGAAUUUCAGCAUCGCUACUUACAAGCUAGCGCUUGGGCUAGAGCAUCCCCUCCGCGAGCCUCAGUUUACUUAUCUGCAAAAUGGGUAUUUACAAAGUCCCCAACUCAUUUGGGGUUUUUGGGGGAUCAAGUUUAUUUGUGUACUUUGCACAGUGCCUGGCACAGUGAGUGAUCAAUAAAUUUUCGCUGUGGUUUUGAUGAGACUGGGUGCCCAGACCCAGAAGCUGGGCCUAGGAGAAAUGGCAUUGUUUUUUGUGGAGAAGGGAUGUCCAAGAGAGUGGGGGUGGGGAUGGUUUGAGAGAAUUCAAUGCACAGAGUGAGUUCUCCAUGCAUGUUUGUCUGUUUGUUUUGGAGGCCCCGCUGGGAUUCUCAAUGCACGUUUGCAUGCAAAUUGCAUAUACAAAAUAAACCUAAUGAAAGGUAAGAAAUGACUUUUCAGUCCUUUUUUAAACUGUCUGAUUCUGUCAAGAAGCACUCAAAUUGGGUGCUGUUGUGUCUUUAACACAUUUUUGCUAAGUUUUUAAGAGUCACCUAAUCCAGAACCUUCCACAGGCAACAGUAGCUCUCUAGAAUAUAAUAACAUUGUUUAUUUUCUUUUGCAUCUGUUUUAGGCACCUGAUACUUAAAAAAACCCCAAACCUGGUGUUAUAAUGUUUCCUUUUAAAAUACAUUUUAAUUAAUUAAUUUAUUUUUAUUUUUGGCUGUGUUGGGUCUUCAUUUCUGUAGGAGGGCUUUCUCUAGUUGCGGCAAAGGGGCGCCCCUCUUCAUCGCAGUGCGCGGGCCUCUCACUAUCGCGGCCUCUCUUGUUGCGGAGCACAGGCUCCAGACUCACAGGCUUAGUAGUUGUGGCGCACGGGCUUAGUUGCUCCGCGGCAUGUGGGAUCUUCCCAGACCAGGGCUUGAACCUGUGUCCCCUGCAUUGGCAGGCAGAUUCUCAACCACUGCACCACCAGGGAUUCCCUAAGAUACAUUUGUUGAAGAAAGUUUAGUACCAUCUUCAGCAUUAUUAUGUAUUUGGCUUUUUUCUUCAAUAAAUUUAUUUUUGAAAGACACUUAGUAACACGAUGGUAAAUUAGACCAGUAUCAGAUGCCCCAAUUAGAAGGUAAUUGUAAAAGCAAUGUAACAUGAAAAUAAAUGUUACUAGGGACUUCCCUGGCGGUCCAGUGGUUGACUCAGCGCUUCCACUGCAGGGGGCACGGGUUCAAUCCCUGGUCCUUCCGGGAACUAAGAUCCCACGUGCUACACUGCACCGCCAAAAAGAAAAAAGUUACUAAAUUCUCUUGAGGGUUUUGGUGAUCAUUUAAGUGUACUCUAACUUGGAGAUUCUGUUGGUGAUCUGAGAUUUCUACAGUGUUCUUCCUGCAGCAGGGAGGACAUUUGGGGAUUAACCAUGCUCCCAGAGAGAAGAAUCAGGGCGCGGUUCUUUCUUAACACUUUCUCAGCCCGUUCCACCUCGCUCAUGCGUGAACGGGAUUGUCCCCUACCUGGUGGGCUUCUCCAUAUAUAUGUACACAACGUGGCCCACGACUCUCAUCAAACUACACUCCUGGUCAGAUUCUCCCUGGGAUUAAACAUUAACCCCAAUGUUUAACCUGGAAGGGGCUUCAUUUUAUAUAACCUUUAGAUCCAUCGUCCCAUUUUGCAGAUGGGGAACCAGAGUCUCAGAGGGGAGGAGUGACUCUGUGAUGUCACAGCCAAGUUGAUUGCUGAGCUGGGGCUAGGACUUCGACCUCCUGGCACCCAGUCCAGAAAGCAAUUGCACACAAAAUGGGAAAGUUUUGAAUUGAUUAGAGACGACACAGAUAUCCCAACUCGGCCGAGAGCAGGUGUCUUUCUCUUGAGACCCGUGGCGCACACUGAAUUGUGGGGUUUGCUCCACAGAUGGGUUUGGAGCCACUUCAGUGGUGGUGGGGGAUCGAUUUCGUGGCUGGAGGUAUAUCGGUGAUCAAAAUAUACAGGUCCCUGCUCCCUGGUGUAAACAGAUAACAUAGAUAAACAGAAUUCCCUCCCAUCAAAGGGGUUGUACUGGGUGUGACUGGGAUGGGGGGGUGAUUUUGGCUGGGGGGUGGUCAGGGCAGCUACUUGGAGAGGUGACCACCAGGCUUGGGUUUCAUCACAGCUUUGAGGGGUGUUAGGGGUUGAAUUGUAUCCCCCAGGCCCAAAUUCAUAUGUUGGAGUCCUAACCCCCAGGGCCUCAGAAUGUGACUGUAUUUGGAGUUGGGGGUUUUCAAAGAGGUAAUCGAGUUAAGUGAGGUCACUAGGGUGAGCUCUAACCCAUAAGACUGAGGUCCUUGUAAAAAGGGGACAUUUGCACACAGAGAUACAGGGACAAGAUGGCAUCUAAAAGGCAAGGAGAGGGGCUUCCUUGGUGGUGCAGUGGUUAAGAAUCUGCCUGCCAGUGCAGGGGACACAGGUUCGAGCCCUGGUCCGGGAAGAUCCCACAUGCCGUGGAGCAACCAAGCCCGUGUGCAGCAACUACUGAGCCUGCACGUCUGGAGCCCACAAGCCACAACUACUGAAGCCCACACUCCUAGAGCCCGUGCUCCGCAACAAGAGAAGCCACUGCACUGCGAAGCCUGCGCACUGCAGCGAAGAGUAGCCCCCUGCUCACCACAACUAGAGAAAGCCUGCGCCCAGCAACGAGGACCCAACGCAGCCGAUAAAUAAAUAAUAAAUUCUUUAAAAAAUAAUGUAAAAGGCAAGGAGAGAGGCCUCAGAAGGAACCAGCCCUGCUGACACCUUGAUCUUGGACUACCAGCCUCUGGGACUGGGAGAGAAUACAUUUCUGUUGUUGCAGGCCCCCAGUCUGUGGGACUUUGUUUCAGCAGCUACAGCAAACACAUUCAGAAGGUGAGGGAUGGAGGGCCAGGACGAAUUCAGGCUCUGGGGACCCCGACAUGCCUCCCCCACCCGAACCUUAAGGACUCCCUCCCAGAAGCCCCAGGGGUGGAGCCAGAGGAGGCAAGGUCUCCUCGCCCACAAGGGGAAGGAAGCUGAGUUGACCACAUCCACAGCCGUAGGAGGCCUCCUUUUCCUGGUGAGAGGGUCAGCUCUGACCCUUGGACCCACCAGCCAUAAAAUAAUCACCGAGAUGAGGUGAGAUGAGGUGAGAUGAGAUGGUGGUGAGACAUGGGGGAAGGACUGAGCAGAAGGUUGUGGAUUGCGAGAUGGCAGGGGCGUUGACCCCGUUUGCUGGUCUAGACUCAGGACCCUCACGGGGUACUGUCCCAGAGGCCACCUGGUCUCCUGAAGCUGGGGGACCCCCUUCCUAUGGUUGGCUCAGGGCUAGACCCUGACACCAAGCUUGGAGAACCGGAUCUCUGACCCAAGGGACCUCCCAGCUCUUUCCACAAACACAUCCCAUCCAGCCCCACGCAGAAACUUCUAGAACCAUCACAGGACUGACAUCAGCCUUCUCAUCCUGGAACAAGGCACCACCCUGCCCUCAACUCCCCAGGAUCUUUCUGCCGAGGCCUCCCUGACCCAACCCCUCCCAUCUCUCUUUCCUGCUUUAUUCUUCCAUACCUGGUCUCUCCCAAUUUAUUUAUUCUUUAAAUUUCUAAUUGAAGUAUAAUUGAUUUACAAUGUUGUGUUUCUCUUCAAUUUAUUUAUUUACUUGCUUAUGCACAACUGAUUUUACUUAGCAUCUUCCCCACCUCAGAACAUCAGCUCCACAGGGGCGGGGCAUGGGGAAUAAUUGGUUAUGUUCUCUGCUGGGUCCCCAAUGCCUGGCACACAUCAGGCACUCAAGAAGUAGUGGUCAUUGGGGCUUCCCUGGUGGCGCAGUGGUUAAGAAUCCACCUGCUAAUGUAGGGGACACGGGUUCGAGCCCUGGUCUGGGAAGAUCCCACAUACCGCAGAGCAACUAAGCCCGUGCACCAUAACUACUGAGGCCGCGUGCCUAGAGUAGUCCCAGCUCGCCGCAACUAGAGACAGCCCGCGUGCAGCAAGGAAGACCCAACGCAGCCAAAAAUAAAUAAAUAAACUAUUUAAAAAAAAAGAAGUAGUCACUAGAAUGAAUGAAUGAAUUCCCGGACAUAACGUCCUUCAUGCUUUAGGAAGGACAGAGGGAGCCUCCCACCCCCUGACAAAGUCUCGCCUCUCAUGGUAUUGGGAGACCCUGGUUCAAACUUCCUGUCUUCAGUCACCCCUGAGAGCCAGGAACCCCUUGGACUGGGAAGCCUGGAGGAUUAGGUGCUAAUCAGUUGGCAUUGCCCAAGAGCCCGAUCAGAGUCCCCCUGUCCCCAGCCCCUGGCCUGCCUCAGCCACACCCAUGUCACAAGGGUUUUACUCACUGCCUGGCCUGGCCGUACCCCAAGGGAGAGUCCCGGAGAAAGAGGGGGAGGAGGGGGAAGGGAGGGGGGGAGCAGGUGCUCCCAGACCCCCUCACCUCUUUCCCCCAAAACUGACCUAAAGGGAGAAGUAGAAAGGACCCUCUGGCAAGCAGCCAAAGGAAUGUGGAGGUGACAUGGUGCCGAGGGACAUGUCCCCAUCUGGGGCAGGGGACCUGGGCGUUGUCUCAAUGGUGGCUGACUCAUGGAGUGGCCAUGGUGAAUCAUAACCCCUUAUUAGCCCCUCUGUCCUGUGCAAAGGGACUGUCAUUAGGGCCAGACUUGUGCUGAGGCCAAAGGGCUGAGGGGGCCGGAAAAUGACAAGCAGACGUCUGCCCUUCGAGCACCUCGGAAGCUGAGCGGGGCGUGUUUCUUACAGAUUCAUAUACUAGUAAUAAUAGUAAUAACCCUAAAAAUGGCCAGAGUUUGAGACCUGGCUGUGUGGGCGUCCCUUCUGAGCACUCCACAUGUUAUAAUGGAUCAAACCCCCAAGAACCCGGUGAAGCAGGGCCUUUAUCCCCCAUUUUACAGAUAAAGAAAAUGAGUUAAGAGGAGCAAAGUUAUUUGCCCACAGUUACAAGUGGUAGAGGCAGGAUUCGAAACCAGGCCCUGCUCUACCCCAGCCAGUUCCAUGGAAAUAUUCUCACUUUAAAGUUUUUAGCAGUUACAUCAGAAAAGUACAAAGCAAAAUGAAGUUUCGUAUUAAUAAUAAAUUUUUGUCAAUCUGAAUGACUGAAAUCAUAAACCCAAGCUGUUACCAUUUCAACGUGCAGUCAAUGUCACAGUUAUGAACGCAGUAUUUCACUUUUUUUCAUGCUAAGUCUUGGAUAUCCAAUGUGUAUUUCACACGUACAACCCAUCUCAAUGUGGAUGCUCAGUUUUCAUCAGAAAUCCUCGAUCUGUAUUUAUAGAGUUCAGAAGAUUUACAGUAAAAAUGUAGAUUCACAUAUGCAACUUGUUCCAUAUAUACUCAAAAGUUGUCUGUUAACUGAAUUAAGUAUCAAUUUUUUUAAUUUAAAUGAAUAGAAAUUAAAUAAAAGUUAAAAUCCAGUUCCUCAGUCACACUUUUUAUACUUCAAGCGCUCAGUAACCACAUGUGAACUUAAUCCUGCUGUUGGGCUGAGCAAGUCUAAUCCACAGAACCUGUGGAUUACAGAAAACGUUUUCUGAAAAGGGCCAGAUAGUAAAUAUUUUCAGCUUUGCGGGCCAAAGUGUCUCUGUCAAGACUAUGCCACUGUGUGACAGCAACUGUAAACAAUAUGUAAACUAGUGGGAGUGACCAUGUGCCAACAAAGUUUUAUUUAUAAAAACAAGUAAGGGGCCAGAAUUGGCCCAUAGACUGUAGUUUGUCAGCCACGCACUAAACUCCAUGAUUAUAUUUAUACAUGUUCAGUUGUUCCUUCUACAAGUAUUGAUUCGUCAGCUACUGCGUACCAGGCACAGUUCCAGGCACUAGGGAUACUGCACAGAGUAGGUCUUGUCCUAAUGAUUGUCCCUAUUUUGCAGGUGAAUUCUAGCUAGAGACUUUAUGGUACUCCACCCCACAACCUUUCCUAUCUCUGACUUGUUAAGCACCUGGAUCAAUGUUGAUGUAUAGAAGGAGUAAAAGACACUUUUGUAGACUGAAAUAAUGAAUGAAUAUUUACAUUCCCUAGGAUGUGUCCCUCUGCCUGGCACAGAAUAGACACUCCAUAAAUGUUUGUUGAAUGAAUGUACACUGUGAUAAAUGAACAAAAUAUAUAGUGUCGGGUGACAGUAAGUUUCUAUGAAGAAACAUAAAUCGAGAUGGGGAUGGAGACUGGUUUUAAAGAAGGUAGUCAUGGAGAGCUUCAUGGAGGAGGUGAAUUCGAGCAGCCAUUUAAAUGCGAAAGGAGCCAGCCACAGGGAGAUCUAGGAAAGGGGACAGGACAGCAAGUGCAGAGGCGCUGAGAGAGGACCGUGCCUGGUGACAUGAGUCCAGUGUGGAGGGAGAGAGAGGAAAAGCAGUGGAAGAUGGUGCAAAGGUAAUGAGGGAGAGGGUUUUUUGAGUCCUAAUAAGGAAAGCAGACUAUGGGGGCAAGCAUGGAAGCCAGGAGGAGGAGAGGGGGGAGAGUGCACUGGUCCAGCCCAGUGAGGAUGGGGCUGGACCAGGACAGUAGAAAUGGAGCAGGCAAAGAAUGAACGUAUUUUGAAGGCAGAGCUAUCACAACUUGCUGAUGGAUUGUAAUAAACAUGUGCAAAGCCCACUGGAAGAUAAACAGAAGCACAAGAGUGUGGGAGCUGAGGGAAGGAGGAGGGUGACAGAUACACAGGAAGUAGUGAGAGCCAAAAAAUAAUGCCACGGAAUUCAGAACAGUGGUUACCUCCAUGGGGGGAGGGGUAACUCCUGAAAAGGGAUUUCUGGAGUUCCGGAAUAUUCUUUCUUUUUUUUUUUGGACGUGCCAUGUGGUAUGCGGGAUCUUAGUUCCCCAACCAGGGGUCGAACCUGUGCCCCCUGCAGUGGAAGCCCAGAGUCUUAACCACUGGACUGCCAGGGAAGUCCAAAAAUUAUAUAUAUUUUUAAUAAAAAAAAUUUACACAGUGUCUUGGUGCAAACCAAUGCUAAUAGCAUGCCAUCAGAUUAGAGUAUAAGAGAUUCAGUUAUGAGCAUUUGACAGCCAAAAAGUAAGGGGGAAGGAAAGCAAUGAUAUGUGAAUAGGCGAGGACCAUUUUGGCAAAUUCAGAACUGGCCAGACAUUCUUGAGCAUCCACCAUGCCCUGAGUAGUGUCAAGGGAGAUGAACAGACCUGCCUUCAACCUUCAAGGGACUCAGUCUAGUUUUGAAAAGACAAUACAGACAGGCAGGACCAAUCAACAGAUACCUAAGGAGAGUGUGUUAAGUGCUAAUCUCUAUAAUCUACAUUCAAAUGUGAAGUUUGGGGCAGGGGGAGACAGCUCUGUGGACAGGAUUAAUCAAGGAAAGUAAAUAGUUUUUUUGUUUGUUUGUUUUGUUUGUUCAGUGCAAGGGUCAGAAACUCCAGCUCAAAAAUUUUAAACCAAAAAGGGAAGUCACUGGCUCACAUCACUGCCAUGUUUCUGAAGCCAAGGAGUGGAUUUCAGGUAUGGCUGAGUCCAGGACUUCAGACCAUGUUGUCAGGGAUUGAUUGCUCUCUGUCUGCUCUGCUGUAUUCUGGGUGGGCUUCAUUCUCAGAUAGCUUCUCCCAUCAUGGGGUAAUGAUGGCCAACAGCCCCAAAUCUACACUCCUACAGCUCAGCACCCCGAGAGUGCUAUAGAGUGGAAAGGGGAGUUCUGGAGUGAAGUGACUUCCCAGGGUCUAAUGUAAUAUCUGUAGUAUCUGUGAGGUGUGGAGGUAGAGUUCACACACACGUCCGUCUGUCUCCAAACCCUGAGUUCUUCUUAGCCACUGAAUCAUACUACCUCCUAUAGAACUGUCCCCAAGCUGCAGAGGAAAUGGUUAGCAUUUUCUCAAUUUUAAGAGUUUUCUCAUUUGAAUUUUUUUCAGUCUUUUCUGACUUUUAACUACCCCUUGUCUGAGCUAGAAUCUAGUACAGUAUGCAAUCUCCAGUCAGUAAAGAUUCAGGAAGCAGUUUCUAUGUGCCCUAAACUAAAUGCUGGGAUUUUAUAGAUAGGAAUCUUGUAUGUUUAAGGGUGUGAGACUGAAUAUCAUAAUUUCAUGGUGUUUCACGUAGAACCCAGUGGCUUUUGAACACCUUACCACUUGAGUACAUCUGAAACCCACAGAGGGAAGUUAUUUGCCCUGGGCAAAAAGAUAAGAGCUAAUAUAGAUCUGGGCUACAGUUCCUUCAGGCUCCAUGAAGAAAUGUAAAUGUUCCCAAGAAAAAUAAUAUAUUCACCCAAAAUCAGUCAUUCACAUUUUACCUAGGUCUAGUUAUAUCUAAGUAACAUCUGAGAGGGGGUGAUUUUUGCCCUGGGGAAAAAUGCUAAGAACUAAUCUUUGAGUUAUAAUGCCUUAAGGCUCCAUAAGAAAAUGUAAAUGCUCCCAAGCAAAGGAAUAUAUGUGCCUGAUAUCAGUCAUUCACACUGCAGUUGGAAUUAGCUCAAAGUUCUUCGAGCACAUUUUCCCUGAGGUAACCUCAGAGAUGGAAAGGAAGAGGGAUCUGUGAGAAAAGCACAGGUAUAGGGAGACUGCCUCCUGGCAGGACUUGGCUGGCAAUUACUGAUAUGGUAGUGUUCACAUCAGAAUAAAGCAAUAAUGAUGAGAGGGAGGCAUCACCUUAUUUAAGGAACGUUACAGGCAAGGCAGUGGGAAUGCUGGACUUUGGGGACCCAGGUGGAUCAAUUUACUUUUGUAGAGGGGGCAGCUCCUAAACACUAACUCUAAUACAAGGUGAGCUUGUAUUAGAAAACUUGGAAAACUAUGGAAAAGGUAUGUUUUGCAUUUUAUUUGUUUUUUGUUUUUUUUUUUUUGCGGUACGCGGGCCUCUCACUGUGGUGGCCUCUCCCGUUGCGGAGCACAGGCUCCGGACGUGCAGGCUCAGCGGCUGUGGCUCACGGGCCCAGCCUCUCCGCAGCAUGUGGGAUCUUCCCAGACCAGGGCACCAACCCGUGUCCCCUGCAUCGGCAGGUGGACUCUCAACCACUGCACCACCAGGGAAGCCCCUAUUUCUUUUUUUUUUAAAGUUAAAUUGUAUUUCUUUGUUUGGAAUAUGUACAUCGGGCACAUGGCUGAGAAUUCCAAAAUAAAUGAUUAUGCGGGGAAAAGCCCUCCUUCUUCUCUAUCCCACCUCCCAGCCCCCAGCCCUGAAGGUUACCACCGUUACCAGAUUCUUGUGUCUCAUUCCAGAGAUAUUCUAUAAAUAUAUAAGAAACAUGUAUACACAUUCAUUUUUCCUUUUGUCACACAGAGACAGUAUCUUGUGUUGUGCACCUUAAUUUUUACUUAACCAGUGCAUUUUCAGUGGGAAAGAUAUUAUCUUCAAGGGGGUUGUGAAAACUAGUUCUUAGGGGGUGAAAAAAAAUCUUACUCUUUGACUGUAUAAAGCACAGAUAUACAUAUGGUACAUGAGCAUGUAUAUAGAAUACAUGUGGAUUUACAGUUUCAUGGGGGAGCAGUUAGGAAAAUGUCUUCAAAGACUCCUUGUGGGAGGGCCAGAAUAAAAAAAAUGUUGAGAAACACUGAAAUAACCAUAUAUUUUCAAUAUUGUCCCAUAUCAGUACAUAAAGAGAACCCUCAUUCUAUUUCACAGCUACAUAAUAUUCCAUUGUGUUAACACAUCAGACUCUAUUAAUCAAUCCCCUAUUGACAGAUAUUUUGGUUGUUUCUAAUGUUUUCCUAAACGCAUUAUGUACAUGGUUGUGCAUUAUGUAUUUAGUAUGCUUUUUAUUGAGGUAGAACUAAUUUACAGUAAUGAUGCACAGGUCUUAGGUGUGUUCAAUUGGCUGAGUUUUGACAAUUCUAGACAAUCAUGUAACCACCAUUAAAAAUAAGAUAUGGAAUAUUUUCUCCACCCUAGAAAGUUCCUUCAUGCCCCUGUCCACUCACUUGCCCAUUCUACUUCAGGCAACCACUUUCCAUCACCAAGAAUUACUUUUGCCUCUUCUCUGGGUGUCGUAUAAAUGGGAUCCUACAGUAUUCUUUUGUGUCUGGCUUCUUUUAUCACAAUACAUUUGAGGUUCAUCCAUGUUGUUGAAUGUAUCAGUAAUUUAUUCCUUUUUAUGGCUGAGUACUAUUGUGUUGUAUGGAUAUACCAGUUUGUUUAUCCACUCCCCUAUUGUUGGGUAUUUGAGUUGUUUACAGUUCAGGACAAUUAUGAAUCAGGCUGCUGUGAACAUUCAUGUACAAGUCCUUCUGUGAACAUAUAUUUAUAUUUCUCUUAGGUAAAUACCCAGGAAUAAAAUUGCUAAGUCAUAUGGUAAAUGCAUGUUUAACUUUAUAAGAGAUUUCCCAAUUGUCCAAAGUUUCCCCAAGUGGUUGGACCCUUUUGGUUCCCACAAACAGUGGGUGAGAGUUCCAGUUGCCCCAGAUUUUCCGCCAACAACUGAUGUUGUCUUUUGUAUUGCAGUCAGUCUAGUGGGUAUCUUUAAACGUUUUCAUAUAUCAGAAAUGGUUCAGUAUCAAUCAAGUGCAACUUAAAAACAAACCUAUACCUACGCAAUUAUGUUUAAGAAAUGCUACAAACUCUGUCCCUUCCAAGGGUGUUACAGAGUGUUGUAAAGGCUCUGACAAGUUCCGCAAAUCUGUUUAUUAACACAGUAUUCCUCAAUCAACACAGCAUCCUCUUGUGUUAUGUUUCAUACUUUUUAAAUAAUUAAUUAAUAUUUGGCUGCAUUGGGUCUUCAUUGCUGCGCGCGGGCUUUCUCUAGUUGUGGCGAGCAGGGACUGCUCUUCAUUGCGGUGCGCGGGCUUCUCAUUGCGGUGGCUUCUCUUCUUGUGGAGCACGGGCUCUAGGCGUGUGGGCUUUAGUAGGUGUGGUGCAGGCUCAGUAGGUGUGGCGCAUGGGCUUAGUUGCUCCACGACAUGUGGGAUCUUCCUGGACCAGGGCUCGAACCCGUGUCCCCUGCAUUGGCAGGCGGAUUCUUAACCACUGCGCCACCAGGGAAGUCCCAUGUUUCAUGCUUAAACACAUUGGUGGAAUCUAUUGUGGGAAUUUUACUUUAGAUUCCAACUUAGCAUCGCUUUGAAGCAUGUGGUCAUGUCCAGUAAAUUAGGUCAUAUGAUUCCAAGGGCAUCAGAAAGUCCUCUUGUCCCUCAAAUGCUUAUCUUUAUCCUACCUUUUCAGACGUCUCUUCAUUAGGACAUAUAAAAGCCUUCCAAAGCCCACGAUUAUAAAAUUACAAAAAAGUACAAAUAUCCUGGGGAGGUGGACUAUGGGGUCUAAAUCUACGUGAAGGUGUAAAUGAGUAAUACCAGAUCCAUGAUUCUGGCAGGUUUUGAUAAGAAGAGGAGGAAGUUCUAUGUCAAGGGCACCGGGGCUCCUCAGAGUUAUAAAUGGGAGUGGGGGGGAGGCAGAGACAAGCCCAGAAGUCAAACUUCACCUACUUUCUCCACCUGCUGACACUGCCCUGGAAAGGAGCCUCCACAGCAAAGGCUGAAUAAAUAUUAUGACUAGGAAAGCCAAACCAAACCAAACAAACCCCUUAAAAAAUCCAACACACACACACACACAAAUCCAACACAGAGUGGUUAAAAAGGAAAUAGAUGCAGAGGUCAAGAGUGAGAUAAUGUCCCCCAUCCAGAGGGGGGCAGUUACCGUAAUGCAGGGAUUCUCCCGCCAGGCACUGCUGACAUCCGGGCCAGGCUUUCUCUGUGUGGGGCCGUUCCAGGCAUUGUGAGGUGUGGAGCAGCAUUCCUGACCCUCACUCAUUCCACGCCUGGAGCACCCCCAGUUGUGACAACCACAGAUGUUACCGUCAGAUAAGAGAACCACUCUGGCGCAGCACAUAAUAGGUCGUCCUUAAAUUUUUGAUGCAUGAAUAAAUAAUGGCUGGUCCAGGGAGAAAUGUACGCCAGGAUGUGAAUUUCUUGAGAGCAAGGAGGGUGUCUGAGUUACUGUGUAAACCUAGCACCUACCGUCGUGCCCGGCACACAGAAGGUUCGUCAUCCAUUCACUAAUCUCCAACAGCUUCCUGCUGUAUUUAGUAUAAACCAAACUCCUUGCCACAGACUGCAAGGCCCUGCACGACCUGCCCCGUCCCCUCCCUGCCCUCCCCUCCUCCCUCUCUCACUCUGCUCCAUCCACGUGGGCCUCCUGGCUGUUCCUCCAACACGCCAGGCCCCAUCCUGCCCCAGGACCUUUGCACAUGCUGUUCCUUGGCCUGAAACACCCUUCCACUAGAUCUCCCAGUGGCUGGCUCUUUCUCAUCAUUCAGGACUCUACUUAAAUGUCACCUUUUUUUUUAUUUUUUGGCCAUGCCACAUGGCAUGUGAGAUCUUAGUUCCCCGACCAGGGAUUGAACCCGCGUCCCCGCAUUGGAAAUGUGGAGUCUUAACAGAUGGACCACCAGCAAAGUCCCUAAAUGUCACCUCUAAAAAGAAGCCUUUGCCAGCCCUCUGUUGCCCUUUACAUGAUGACGUUUAGUUUCUUGGUAGCAUUUGUCCAUUUGUCAGUUUUCUGGUGUGUUUAUGCAUUUAUGCUCUAGCUCAUCCACUGCCUUAUCCCCAGGGCCUUAAAUAGUGCUUGGCACACAGGAGGUGCCCAAUGAGUAAGAGUUGACUUGAGCACCUCCUGUGUGCCGGGCACUUCCUAGACACUGGGGACCCAGCUGAGAACAAAAGAGCCUCUAUCUUAGCCCCGAAGUCACUCACAUGAAGAGGCAGGGGAGGAAUGAGGGAAGAAUACAGGCAAGUAAACAAGAAAAUUUCAAAUAGUGAGGAUUUCAGUGAAACCAGUGAUGUGAUAAAGAGGUACAAGGUGAGGGCUCCUCUCUGGUGAGGGGUCAGAGACGGCCUCUCAGCUGUCUGGGCUGAGAUCCACAGAUAGAAAACAUUCCCAAAUAUGUGAACGCAGUGAUAGAUUCGGGGUGGAGGGGAUAGGAGUUCCAGGCAGAGGGAACAGCUAGUGCAAAGGCCCUGAGGAGGGAAUAAGUUUGGCUCAAUGAAUAUUUAUUGAGAAUAAAUGAAUGAUAGAAGAUUCUAGAAGGAAUCGAUUGUUCUGGUUUGGCCGUGGAGAGCUUGCUUGCGGGCAGGGGGUUGGGGGUUGCCAGCUCCAAUGAGGGAAGGGGGCUCCUGGCAGAGGGAAGGGCUCUAGCGGAGGCCUGGGCAGUUCUUCUUGGUUCUGUUCUGAGAGUGGACAGGACCCAGCCAGGGGCCCUGGGCUUUCCUGGAGCCGACAUCCAGGGAUUAUGACGAGAAACAGUCCCUGAAAGUAGGGGAGAGGUCAUGUCAGAGCCGCGGCUCCCCAGACUUUGGCCUUUGCCCACUGCCGGCUGGAAAAGCACGAAACAUCUGAGAUAACGGUCUUCCCUCCCCUCCCCCUAGCCUGCCCCUGUGUCACUGGCCCUUAACCCUGUCUGUCUUGCCUGUUCCCCAAUCAGCACCUGGGGGUGGGCUAGGAGCUCCCCAGGACUAUUUCAGCAUCUUUUAGGGGUGGUGACAGAGCCACAGAGAAGAGCCGGCUGAGCCUGGGAGCCCUGGUGGUGGGGUGAGCCCCCAGCUCGCAGCAGACGCAGAAGUGGCUGGAGAAAGAGCUGGCCAGGCUCAUGAAUGGGGAAUUAGCAGUUGGAAAGGUGAGCCCUGCACUGGUCUCCAGGUGAGGGAGGGUUUAUGCCGGGAACCUUCCGCAAGCUCCCAGGGUUGGCAGGAACCUCACAUCCCAUUUUACAGAUGAGAAGACUGAGGCCCAGAGGGAGAAUGCAACGACCAAAAUUGUGUCUCCAUUCUGGGGCUGCUCCUGGUCUUUCUUCCUGGUCCCCCUGCCUUCCAGAAGGGGGGAAUUUGGGCAGCAUGGGAGUGCAGGAGAGGGCUAGUUCCAUUGGCUGAUCAUCCCCACGGGGGCAUCUGUCUACCACUUUUUAAAGAAAUUGGCUGUCAGGCCCCGGGAGUCUCUGGGUUGGCCCCAAAACACAGAUUUGGAGACAGAAGUCCAGCAAGCAGGAGCAGCAGGCCCAACCUUGGGGCUGGAGCCGGGAUAGAACUGGAGCAGGAUGGACCUCAGGGUGGUGUGCAGAUGGGUGGUGGGGAGGAGAAGGGCUGCGUGACCCUCACAAAUGUCCCCUCCUUGCCCCAGAUGGCUUCCUCCACCAGUCUCACGUGCCCUACCGACAGCCUGGAACUCUUGGAUCUCCUGUUUGACCGGCAGGACGGCAUCCUGAGACACAUAGAGCUGGGCGAGGACUGGGGCCACGUUGAGGACCAGGUCCUGCCAGGCCCGAACUCUGAUGAUUUCCUCAACUCCAUCCUGGGUUCUGGCGAAUCAGUGCCCAGCUCCCCGACCUGGUCUCCUGCGGCCAGUGACAGUGGCAUCUCAGAAGAUCUGCCCUCCGACCCCCAGGACACCCCUCCACACAGUGGGGUGGCUGCCACCCCGGUCAGCUGCCAUAGCACAGAGUCUGGCAAGGGGCCCUGCCCCUCCUACCAUACUGGCCCUGCCUGCCCCACCAGGAACCUUGGGCCAGUGGCCCAAGGGCUUGAGGCUUCCGUUGCCAUAGACCUGGAAAUGUGGAGCCCAGGCCUGUACGCCGGGGAGCAGGCUGAGCUGGCCAACUCACCCCCACACUGCAACCUCACAGUGAAAGACCUCCUCCUCUCUGGCAGUGGCGGGGACUUGCAACAUAACCUGGCAGCCCCCAACCUGUUGCGCCUUGGGACCGGGCACAGCCAGGAGCUGGUGCUGACAGAGGACGAGAAGAAGCUGUUGGCCAAAGAAGGCAUCACCCUGCCCACCCAGCUUCCCCUCACCAAGUAUGAGGAGCGAGUGCUGAAGAAAAUCCGCCGGAAAAUUCGGAACAAACAGUCAGCCCAAGAAAGCCGGAAAAAGAAGAAGGAAUAUAUUGAUGGCCUGGAAACUCGGAUGUCAGCCUGCACUGCCCAGAACCAGGAACUUCAGAGGAAGGUCUUGCAUCUUGAGAAGCAGAACCUGUCCCUCUUGGAGCAGCUGAAGAAACUCCAGGCCAUCGUGGUCCAGUCCACCAGCAAGUCGGCUCAGACGGGCACCUGCAUAGCGCCCUUUCGCCUCCAACAAAGCCGAGAGCCCCGGAGACUUCGUGCCUGUUCGAGUUUUCUCCAGAACUUUGCACAACGACGCUGCAUCCCGUGUGGCUCCCAACACCGUGCCAGGCUCCGAAACCCCAGGACAUGGGCCCAAGGCUGGCACACUUCAGGAAGGGUCUCCAAGCAGCCCUCAGGGGGAAUGGGGAUCCCGGGACCCGCCGGCUCUGGACAACUCGACGGAGGAUCUGGACAACGGGACCCUGGUCCAGGGCAACUCCAUGAAGGAGCUGGACCGGGCCGCCCUCCUAGACUGUGCCCGGCCUGAACAAGCACUUGGCCCAGGGCGCGUGGGGCUGGAGGUAGCAGUGGGGGAGCUGUGAGCACCAUGGGUACGUGCCCCCAGGCCCCUCUAGUCAGGGGUGCUGCAGUGGACAGAGACAGGCACAGGGAUCCGAGGUGAGGGAGAGACCCCGGCGAUGGUGUCAGGAUGGAGACGCGCAGACUCACAGCUUCAGACCCAGGUACCCAGGCCCAUGCAGAAACUGAUGCUCAGACACAGACCAUAAGGCCACAAAGCCUGAGAAAUACAUGUACAGACCCAGGUGCAGAAGGAAACAGGAAGACAGACACCGACUGAUCCACAGCCCCAGAGAGAUAGGCAUACACCAGGCCUCGGUAACUCCCCGCUCAGGGACUCCUGCCUGCCCCCUGGAACACAGGGAGGAGGAAGCGGCCAAGUCUGCUGGGACCCUGGCCCUGGAGCACGGGCUGAGCUCUGAACUUCGGGGCCGCCAUGGCUCACAGCUCUUCCCUUUUUCUAAGACUGCUACGGUCCUUAAUAAAGUAUUUUGAGAGAACA